UUCGGCCCCCCCCGGGGUCCCCGCUUCCCCGCCCCCGCCGCCGUUACCGCCUUCCCCCCCCUUGCGCGCUGCGGUGGAAGCGGGGCGGGGGGGCGGCCCGGUGGGGAAGGGUUUGCUUAUUUUAUUUUUUUUUUAUUUUAUUUUUUUUCCCCUCCCUCUUGUUUCUUUCUUUUUUUUUUUUUUUUUCUUUUUGUUUUUGUCCCCCCCCGCCGCUCUCCCGAUGUAUUUCUUGCUGUCCCCCCCCGGCAUGGCCCCGCUGUGGUGGCUGCUGGGCUCGCUGCUGGCCGCGGUGGCGGGGGGGGGGUCCGUGGAGCAGCCCCCCGCCUCCGAGCCCGCCUGCCCCGUGUGCCUGUGGCGGCGGCAGAGCAAAGAGCUGCGCCUGGAGAGCAUCAAGUCGCAGAUCCUGAGCAAGCUGCGGCUGAAGGAAGCGCCCAACAUCACCCGGGAGGUGGUGAAGCAGCUGCUGCCCAAGGCCCCCCCGCUCCAGCAGCUCCUGGACCUCCACGACUUCCAGGGGGACUCGCUGCAGCACGACGAGUACCUGGAGGAGGACGAGUACCACGCCACCACCGAGACCGUCAUCAGCAUGGCCCAGGAAACCGACCCGGCGGUGCAGAUCGAGGGCAACCCGCACUGCUGCUUCUUCAACUUCAGCCCCAAGGUCAUGUUCACCAAGGUGGUGAAGGCGCAGCUCUGGGUGUACCUGCGGCCGGUGCAGCACACCUCCACCGUGUACCUGCAGAUCCUGCGCCUCAAGCCCGUCACGGACGAGGGCAGCCGCCACAUCCGCAUCCGCUCGCUCAAGAUCGAGCUCAACUCGCGCGCCGGCCACUGGCAGAGCAUCGACUUCAAGCACGUCCUGCAGAACUGGUUCAAGCAGCCCCACAACAACUGGGGCAUCGAGAUCAACGCCUUCGACCCCAACGGCAACGACCUGGCCGUCACCUCGCUGGGGCCCGGCGCCGAGGGGCUGCACCCCUUCAUGGAGCUGCGCGUCCUGGAGAACAACAAGCGCUCGCGGCGGAACCUGGGGCUGGACUGCGACGAGCACUCCACGGAGUCGCGCUGCUGCCGCUACCCGCUCACCGUGGACUUCGAGGCGUUCGGCUGGGACUGGAUCAUCGCCCCCAAGCGCUACAAGGCCAACUACUGCUCGGGCCAGUGCGAGUACAUGUUCAUGCAGAAGUACCCGCACACGCACCUGGUGCAGCAGGCCAACCCGCGCGGCUCGGCCGGGCCCUGCUGCACGCCCACCAAGAUGUCCCCCAUCAACAUGCUCUACUUCAACGACAAGCAGCAGAUCAUCUACGGCAAGAUCCCCGGCAUGGUGGUGGAUCGCUGCGGCUGCUCCUAGAGCCGCGCUGCCGCCCCGCGCCCCCUCCGGGCGAGCCCCCGCUGCCCCCCGCGGGCUCCUCUGCAUUUUUUCCGCUGGUUUUUUUUUUUUGCUUUUUUUUUUUGGAUUUUUUUGUUGUUGGUUCGGGGCGGGGCGGGAAGCGCAAAGUGACAAAGGCCAAGCGUUGAAAUCGGUUUGGAUGGAGGAGGAGGAGGAAGGCACGGAGCAGCGAGCCCGCGAUCCCACGCGCAUUGUGCAAUAAAGCGACCGGACGGAGAAGGGAAGGGGGGGCCGGGACCCCCACGCCGCGGUGGCGACACGGGGACACCGCGGGGACACGGCCCCGGGUGGCGGCUCCCCCGCGCCAGCCCAGCAGGACGAGGACGAGGAGGAGGAGGAGGAGGAAGAGCGAGCGCACCCCGCGUCUCCCCGAGCUCCUGGAGCAGCGCUGGGGACACCGCUGGUGACACCGCUGGUGACACCCGGGCGGGGUGACCCCGUCCCCGCGGCCGCAGCGAGGUCCGGCCGCGGGACCCCCGGCACCGGGAGGAAUCCGCCUCCCUUCUUUAAUUUAUUUAUUUAUUAAUCGCCCUCCCGGCCGGCGCUCGCCCCGCUCGCUCCCCUCGCAGCCGGGGCCGGCUCCGGAGGGGCCGCUGCAGCCCCGAGACCCCCGGGGACCCCCGGGGACCCCCGGGCGAGGGCGGCUGCAGGGCCCGGAGCCUCCGCCCGGGCUUUGGCUGCAGCCCUGGCACCGGCCCCGGGCUCCGCCGGGGGUGAGGGCGGCCCGGGGGUCACCCGGAGGCGACACCAGAAUUGUUGGGAGGCUCCGGCUGGGGCUGAAAUUCCGCUUACGCCGCACAUUCGCCUCGCGCUGCCCUCGGAGGGUUUUGGUUUUGUUUGGUUUUUUUCUUUUUUUUAUGAUUUUUUUUCUGUUGUUUGUGUUUUGUUUCACGUGAGAACGAACCCCCCGCGUGUCCCGAGGCUCCGCCGCGGCUCCUGCGGCUCCCCCCGGCCCCGAGCGCUGCGGCCGGGGGAGGCUCGGCAGGGGGAGAAGCCCCCGCGGACCCCCAGCACUUAUCCCCCGGUGCCGCAGCCGGGGGGCUCCGGGCGGGAGCAGCACUUAGGGGGACUCCAGGGCCACCCGGAUCUUUAGCACUUGUCGCCGGCUCCGCCGCAGCCCCGCGGGGCCCCGGAGCGCCCCCGGGCCCCUCCUGGCGCCGCAGCACUUAAGGGGCCCCUGGUGCCAGGCUGGUGCCACCGCCCCGUGUCACCGCCCGCUGUCACCGCCCUGGUGGCGCCGGCGGGGGCCGAGGCGAGGGGACGGGGAUGGGGACGGGGAUGGGGACAGCCGGGGGGGCAGGAAGGGGGGGGAGAGCCCCCCGCGCCCCCCAAAAGGGGCACAGCCUGGUCCGGGGGUCAGCAGCCCCUCAUGGGGGUCACCAGCCCCCCGAGGUGGUCACCAGCCCCCCGAGGUGGUCACCAGCCCCCCGAGGUGGCCGUGCUCCCCGGGCUCGGGGCUCCCCCGGCCGUGCCCGGGGGGCUCCGGGGGGCUCCGGGGGGCCGGGGACACCCCCGCGCCCAGCGCUGCCCCCACCGGGAGAGGUCCGGAACCGCUGGGAGGGACUGGGAGGGACUGGGAGCGGCCCUGGAGCCCCAAAGCCGCGGUGCCCAAAAAGCCCCGCGAGGCCCCGGGGCUGCCACGGGCCGGGGGCACCGAGGGACAGGACGGGGAGGGCGGCACUGGGACCAGUUCCCCCCGGGCACUGGGACCAGUUCGGGACUGGGCACUGGGACCAGUCAGAGCUGGAAACUGGGACCAGUUAUCUCCGGGCACUGCACCAGUCCCCACAGUGGGCACCACUGGUCCCAGUGCAUGGGAUUAACUGGUCCCAGUACUGGCACUGACUGGUCCCAGUGCCCAGGGCUAACUGGUCCCAGUGUGCGGGAUUAACUGGUCCCAGUGCCAGGCACAAACUGGUGCCAGUGCCCAGCUUUGCCUGGUCCCAGUACCCAGCUCUGACUGGUGCCAGUGCCUGGAACUGGUGGAUUCCAGUGCUCAGUCCUGAACUGGACCCAGUGCCCGGGGGUAACUGGUCCCAAUGCCUGGCACUAACUGGUCCCAGUGCCUGGGUCUGACUGGUCCCAGUGCCCAGGACUGACUGAUGCCAGUGCCCAGUCCUGAACUGGUCCCAGUGCCAGGGUUAACUGGUCCCAGUACCCAGCUCUGACUGGUCCCAGUGCCCAGGGUUAACUGGUCCCAGUACCCAGCUCUGACUGGUCCCAGUACCCAGCUCUGACUGGUCCCAGUGCCUGGGGGUAACUGGUCCCAAUGCCUGGCACUAACUGGUCCCAGUGCCCAGGGUUAACUGGUCCCAGUGUCCAGCUCUGACUGGUCCCAGUGCCCAGGGUUAACUGGUCCCAGUACCCAUCUCUGACUGGUCCCAGUGCCAGGACUAACUGGUCCCAGUGCCAGGGUUAACUGGUCCCAGUGCCCAGUCCAACUGGUCCCAGUGCCCGGCUCUGACUGGUCCCAGUGCCCAGGGUUAACUGGUCCCAAUGCCUGGCACUAACUGGUCCCAGUGCCCAGGGUUAACUGGUCCCAGUACCCAUCUCUGACUGGUCCCAGUGCCCAGGGUUAACUGGUCCCAAUGCCUGGCACUAACUGGUCCCAGUGCCAGGGUUAACUGGUCCCAGUGCCCAGCUCUGACUGGUCCCAGUGCCCAGCUCUGACUGGUCCCAGUGCCCAGGGUUAACUGGUCCCAGUGCCCGGCUCUGACUGGUCCCAGUGCCCAGGGUUAACUGGUCCCAGUGCCCGGGACCAACUGGUGCCACAGGCAGGGGGUGGCGGGGGGUGGUGCCCCCCGAGUAUAUUAUUAUUCUAAUUAUUCUAAUUAUUCUAAUUAUUUCCCGCUCUCGGGCUGUGCGUGUCCUAGGUUCCUUUUCUGUUGGUCCGUCCGUUGUUUUUGUCCCUCGUUCUGUCGCUCCGGGGGGACCCGGGGGGGUCCCGGGGGGGGUCCCGGGGGAGGGGG